AUGUCCCGGACAGUUGCAGGCAAUAUUCAAGGACGCCCUCACUUCUUGACCACAGCCCCACACGUCCCAAUUUCCGCACCCUUUUCCCGCACCCUCAACCCUAGCUACUCUACCAUCUGUCGGUCCUCUUUCCAACGCCCGAUGUCCUCCUUCGUCCCCGAUGUCCCUCCUCCUUUCCUGCCACAUUCAGUAACACAUCCCUACGAGUCCGACGUCGAAGCUGACCUCGAGGUCGACCAGCUGGACUCCGACACCGAUCCCGAGGACCAGCGGGACCCUGCAAAGGCAUCCGCCGCGAAAGUCACCUCAACGAGACCUGGAGAACGCGUCCCUGGUCACACGCUAUUGCCAGCUGUGCGCAUAGAGAAUAUGAUCCAAGCAGAUGGCGGGACUGGUCACUUAGCUUUGUCCAAAGAAGGAUUGUUCAUCCUUUCCACUGCGUCCGAAGAAUUCAUUAAGAGACUUAUCCAAGCUGCUCACCGUGAAGCUGCCGCACAUCGUAGGAACCAAAUCAAUUAUCCUGAUAUGGCUGCAACCACCCGGCAAUACCAGGAAUUCAUGUUCCUCAGUGAAACAAUACCUCCUCCCAUACCUCUGAUCGACGCGCUAAUGCUGAGACAAGAGAAAGAGCGAGUCCUUCUCGAAGACAACCCCGCACUGGCAGCACCUAGUCCCAUCCCUUCUUGGCCCCCAUCUGUCUCUGACAUACCACCAAGCCAACCAACCUCCUCGACGAGCAAGCCGUCCAAGAAACCCCGACCUAGUGUAAACGGAAAAGAAAAAUCCAACGGAUCUCAUAGCACGAGCAAACGUGGAUCAAAAAGGAUGGAAAGUAGCACAUACCCCAUGGAUGACCCGCGCAUCCAUGCCUCCCUUGGAGGGACGGGUGGCCGGGAUAGCCCCAGUGGUGCAUCCGAUUUUAUGUCAGAUCCUCCUCCAAGCCACCGCACUUCAGGUCGAAAUGGAACAUCGUCCCUCUCAGCUUCAGCAGUCUCGCUACACCCGCCUUCAAUCAAUGGCCAACCUUCUCGAUCGCAAACUCCUCAGGUCUACUCGCGAGAGGGUUCUUUGGACCCAAAUGCGCAUGCUCAACCGCACUACCCCGCAACACACUCGGCCUCUCCCCCGCUUGAAGGGCCUGAAGAACCCGCAUGGCCUCCUCAAUAUACUGGACCUGCGAGUGGAUUCCUUCGAGGGUCCGUUGGCCCUUUUGGACGUGGUCCAUCACACAACCCUGGACGCACCAUAUAUUCGCAAAAUCAUCACCCAGAUUGA